GUCCGAAAGGGGGAGAUGCCUGAUGUGGUGGUGGGGCAGCAUAUCGACCGAGACUGCAAAUCCGACCCCGCCCAGCGCAAGCGCAAGAUUUUCACCAAUAAGUGUCUGAAGCCCGGCUGCAAGCAGAGGGAGAUGAUGAAGGUGAUCUGUGACCAGUGCCACGGGAACUUCUGCCUCAAGCACCGGCACCCCCUGGAUCAUGACUGCAAUGGGGCGGGGCACCCCCUCUCCAGAGCCGGACAUGCUGCGGUCGCGAGAGCCCAGGCAUCCUCCUCUGUGGCAGCCGGGACGUCGAGCAGAGGAGCUUCCGGGCCGGCAGCCAGCCCCCCUGCUCCAGCCCCAAGCAGAGGUGGCGUGAUGGCGGCACGGCAGCCCAGCAGCACCUCGCCCCCAGCCGUUGCGCUGCAGAAUGGACUGAGCGAAGAGGAGGCGCUGCAGCGAGCCCUGGAGAUGUCCCUGGCAGAAUCGGUGCCCGGCUCGGCACAGGCGCUCAGCAGCGCGCAGGAGGAGGAGGACCUGGCCCUGGCGCGGGCGCUAGCCGCGAGCGAGGAGGAGUACCAGAGGCGGCAGCAGCAGCAGGCCCAGAGCCGGAGUUCGAGGCCAUCAGACUGCAGCAUGUUCUAGGCUGGGAGCACCACGAUGCCUAGGGCCUGUCCACAGGGCCGGGUACCAUCGCCCAGCUCUGCCAGGCCCUGCCCGAGCGCCACCUGCAGAGGGCAGGCGGGGGCUUCUCCUGCCUCUUCCGCAGCUAGAAACAACUGACCAAGCGCUGGCUGCUCCUGCUCCCUGGACAGUAGACGGUAGCUGAACCGCUUUGAGCUGCACGGGGCCGCCUCGCGCCUCGACCCGUUCUCACAGACCAGAGCCGGCUGCAGCCGUGUGGGAGGAGCGACCUGCAGCUGCCAGCCAGCCGGUCGUAGCCGGGGGCCUUGGGAUGGAUGGUGGGCGUCGUGCCUCGGUCCCUCACCCACCUGCCACAGUGCCCAGAGGGGGUGAAAUGGGGGGGCACCUCUGGCCUGGAGGUGGAGUGUUACACCUGGGGUGUCUCGACCCCAAUACCUGCGCUCUGACCCAGGCUGGGUCAUGUCCAGCCCCCUGCCCCACACACUACAAAGGGACAAGGACAGCCCCCCAGCUCAGCGCUGCCCUGCCCCGCGCGGGGGGCCUGCUGGAUGUUUUAACAAGACGGGCUGCUCUGCACACUUCUCUCUGCCUGGGCCGGAGCUGCCCUCACCUCUUCCCCCUCCCCUCGGUGCUAAAGCAGCAGGUGAGCUCCCUGGGUGCCCGGUGGGGUAGGGAGGGUUAUAGCCUCAGGUAAUGGCUGGGUAACGCUCACUUCCCCCAAUGGGGACUCAGCUCUGUCCUCGUUAGCCACCCGUGGGCCCUGUGCUGGCCACGCUAUGUGGCAGAGCCCCCUGCCAUGCAAGGCCUGGCACCUGCCCCUGUGAGUGACUCCCCCCCCGUCCUCCAGGCAGGGCUCAGCUGGGGGGCCAGGCCAGCCUUUCUCAGCCCCUCUCCUUAACUCCUGGGGUGCUGGAUGUGGGGCAUGGGAACACAGCCCCUCCACGCAGUGAUCACAGACCGCUCCACUGCCUCUGCUAAGAGCCCCCCCAAACCCAGCCCUUGCCCUAAGGCAUCACCUGACCUCAAAGGGGAGCCCGGGUGGAGCGUCUCCCGUGGCGAUAGGGACCAGGCCUCUGGAGUCUUCCCCAGAGCAGCCCCUUCUAGUCCUGCUGAAUUCAGGGCCAGUGCCCUGCCACCAGGCGCCUGGGUUGGUGCGGGCGGCUCUCCUCAGCUCGGGCCUUGUGCCGGCAUCUGCUGCCUGCUCAGUGCAGCCACUUGGACACGCUGGAAGCUGCUUCCCCUCCAGUUCUGCAUGCACAGGACUCCGCGUGCGGCUGGGUCUUGCUGUAGUGGGUAACAGCUGCACCUUCUGCAGCUGGGCAUCAUCUCUUCCUGUGCCCUGAGCUUGUUCCUGGGCCGGCUGUGGCACUCAGGAGUGGGGGGUGGGGGUGGCGAAAGGUAGCUCUGCAGGGCUGGGGCUGUCUGGCUAUUACGUGCUGCCUGGAGGGAA